AUGUCGUACUGGAGCCAAGGAAAGCUGCUUGUAUCGGUUGUCCACGUCCUUCUGUUUCUGAUUAGCCUGCUGGGCGUAGAGAUAUUCCUGCGGGUGCGCCGCAAAUGGUCGCUACUUGGACAGGCCCGGAUCAGAUGUCCCAACGAUCAGGAUGACCUCAUCAUCGAAGACAUAUCAUCGCAAAUUGAAGAGCAUGACCUGCUCUCUCGGAGGAAGAUCGGCGCAUUCGCAUUCGGCCUCAGCUUCCUCGCCUGCUUCGGCUUCGUGCUGAUCAUCUGCACUAAAGUGUUGCUCUCAGACAGCUCGGACCGCCGCUUCUUCGACGUGCUCUGGGCGGCGGACGUCAUAAUAUGCAAGAUCAUCAUAUUCUACGUCGCGCCAGCAGGACUAUGCCACAAGUAUAUCAACAUCACGUCGGAGCUGCGCCCCGUGCACCGGCUGUCGCGAGUCGUGGUGUUCCUACUGGUAUGGAAUUGUAUUUCGUGGGUGUUAACCCGGGCCAUGCUGAGCGAGCUGUUGUUCCUGAAGACCCAGACUGACACGUCCAGUGUCAUAUUCGACGCGCUGAGCAUGAGCAGCUUCGGCCUCGCAUUUAUCGCCAUUCUCACUGGGUUUACGAGUGUAUACGUGCCGUAUCGCGUAUACGUCACGCGCAAGGAUGUUCUGAGCACCACUCAGGUUGACAACCGCAUUGCCGAUGCCACGAUGGCGAUACAGCAUCUCAGGGACGAAAUACUGAAGCAAAAUGAUCCAUUGACGAGCCUUGUAGCGGAAUGCAGCGAGCAGGAAAGUGCGGAUGAGGAGUUUGAGGCAGAGCCGACAGGAUUCUUCCGCACGAGCCACUACAUGGACCGCAUGGAGCGGAGCAGUUCGGCGGGGGACAGCAUAGAGCACGAAAUGGAGGAAGUAACAGAUGACCAGUCCUGCGCCACGUACAUGCCUGAGGAAACUGCAACAGUCGGGGCAGUCGCAAGCGUUUACAGGAACGUUUUCCGACAGGUGAACGGGUACGUGACGAACGUGGUACGAAGCCCAUGGACGUGGAACCGGGAUCCCAAUUUGGUGGUACGGGGGACAACCAAGCAAAAAUCUGUUAGCGGUAUGAUGCGGUUACAGGCGUACAUUCGGCAGGAGCGUGCGUACCUGCUGGAUAUACGGCAACAACGCCAGCUGUGGAAAACGAAGUUCGGCCAGUUUCGCAUAAUGAUGCGUUACUGCGAGGUGCUGUGGGCAAUUCGCACCAUUCUCGUCGUGUUGUACCGCAUCAUCAAGGUCAACCAGGUGCCGUACAUAGAGAGGGCCGACCGCGAGGGGAGGACCAAGGUGCUGGCGGAGGUGUACUACCUGUACAUCCAGGAUAACUUCGUCAGGCGGUUCAUCAGCGACGUGCUUAUGCGCAGCGAGCCGCCGUCGUACCUGGAUCUCACCGUCUCGCGGAUCAGCGCCCUGCUGCUCAUGAUCAUCACGCUGGCCAACCUCGACCACUUCUUCGACUUCUGCCGCAUACUGCUCAACACGCAGUACUUCCAGAAGCGGAAGCUGCUCACGGACAACUCGCUCGCCCUCGCGCUCAGCGCGUUCCUCGUCUGCAGCGUUCCCUCGCAGUUCUGCCUCAUGAUACCCUUCCUGCCAGACGGUCAGCGGAAGAGCGCGCUGCAGUUCAUGUUCGAGGGGGACAUACUGGUCUGGCUGGGGCUGCAGCACCGCUUCGACCUGUUCGUGUUCGUCACGAUCAUAUUCAUGCUCAUAGGCGUCGCCGUCAUGCAUCAUCGGAGACCAAAGUAUUACGCAUUACGCGAUCGAAUUGUCUGUAAUGUCUGA